AUGGUGAAGUUAAUAGUUGGUGUCAAAACUUAUUAAGUUGGUGACAGCCAAUGGUAAGAAAAUAAAUAAUAAAAAUGAUAAUAUUCCAUGUGUACGUGUGUGUGGUUAUAUGUGUGAUACUAGAGAAUGGGUGUCUACUAAGGUCAUUGGUGCUGAAGGUAAUAAAUGGUGGAAGUGGUGUGAUGGUUCUAAUAUAUAUUGAUAUACUUAUGUUUUAUUUUAAAGUUUGACCAAGUAGUUAUUUAUAUAUAUGGGUAAGUUAUUGACCAGGUCAAGUACAUAUUCCACCCACCCAUGUAUAUAGAUAUCUAGUAAUACACUUUAUUCUAAAAGCUUCCAAAGGAGGCUGUUACUAAUUGACACACACACGCAUGAGUCAUGAAGAGGGGAAAAUCACAUUUAUAUCUAAGUGACACGUUGUCUAGAGAUUUGCAUGGACAAGAAAAAGAAAAAAAAAAUAAUAAAAAUACAAAUAGAAACAAAGGAGGGAUUUUUCAGCCGUAGAAGAAGAAAAUAUUAUUAAACUUUGGGUAACACAUGUCACAUAAGCUAUGUGACAAUUUACAUUUCCUGGAGACUAGAUUUACACCAUCCAUGUGACUAUAUACUUUUCAAGACUAAAGUUAUUAUGCUUUAAAGUGGUGGCUGGUGGCUGCAAUAUAUAGUUGUAUAUAUAUAUAGGUUUCAAUUAUCAUUUAUAUGGAUAGAGAUGAGUAAAGUCAGGUUGCUGGCUGCACAAGGCUGGACCGAACACACAGGACACGCAAUUAUGUAGAUAUACUCUAUAUAUAGAUAAGGUUAAUUCUAUCUUUUUAAACCUGUUUGGACCGCCUUUGAGAAAGCCAUUGUUUUGGUUGAGACACACAAAAUAUAUCAAAACAGUGAGCUAUUUAGUGAUAGUUCAAAGAGAGAAGAAAAAUACGGAGGAGGAGGAUAGAAAAGAAAAAAGGGGGUUUUCUCUCUAAAUUGUUGUUGAAUUCAAGCAAAGGCAAGGAGAAUGAACUGAUCACUUCAGCAAUAUCAAAGGAUAAGUAGACAAUUUGAAAAGUAGCCAAGGUACAAGGUUGGGUCGCUACUGCCAGGUCUAGAAUUUUUGAGUGGGAAUGGGAAAAAGAACAAUGGAACGUCUUUUGUUUAAUAUGUAAAUAUUGUAAUAGAAUUUAAUAGUAUAAGUUGCCGUUAAUGUUUUUUUUGUUUGUCAGAAUUUGCAUAACAGGCCUAUAGGUAGUUUUUGAAUUGUAAACUGUUAAACAGGUGCUCUGAUGUAGGAUGACGUUAUAUUUGAAGGAGGUUAAUGCAGAUGGUUAGAUGCAUUCCAAUUUAUUCAAUUUGUUUAAUAAUGUAAAUUGGGUUGGGGUGUGUCAACUUUUGGUAUCAGAGCCUAGGUUUUCUAGGUUCUGGAGGUCAGAAGAGUCUAGACUGGCAGUGGCAGUAAGAAGUGUGUAGUAGAGUCAUUUAUUUGACUUAAUGUUAUACUAACAGAUAUAAGUGGUGAUUAUGUAUCAUAUAUAUGUUGUUAUAUUUGAGAUUCAUUGCAGAUAAAAAGAAAUGGAAAGGGAAAGUGGUUAUCAUGGAACUGAGGGUGAAGCCACUUAUGUUCCUGUUGAGGCUGAAGUAGAACAACCUAUGCAGGGUGGUAUGAGAAGAGAACAGGAGUGCUUAACUGGUAUGCAGAAAAUGGAAAAGGCUAUAAUAGACUUGGCAGAACAAAACAAACUAUUUAUGGCGAGUCAAAUGAUGAUACAAGAAAGGCUGGAAAGACAACAGAAAUGGAAGAAAGGCUCUGAGUAUGAGAGGUUUAUCAAGUUAACACCCCCAGAAUUUUCAGGUACUACCAAACCAGAAGAAGCAGAGGGGUGGGUAAGAAGAAUGGAAUCGAUAUUUGCAGUGAUGGGUGCAGCAGAAGACCAGAAGGUAAACUUAGCUACAUUUAUGUUCAAAAAUGAAGCUAGUUAUUGGUGGGACACGACAAAACAUUUGUUGCUCACUCCAGGAGAGAAAGAGGUGAUAUUCUGGAAUCCAUUUGUUAAAGCUUUUUAUGAGAAAUAUUUCCCUCCAAUUUACAGAAAAGAGAAGGAACGGGAGUUUAUUCUCCUAAAACAAGAUAGAAUGUCUGUGGUUGACUAUGAAGUUAAGUUUACAGCUUUAUCGAGGUUCGCACCCAAGUUUGUACAGAAUGAAGAAGAUAAAUGUACAAAAUUCCAGGAUGGUUUAGAGGCGGCUAUUAAGUCUAGAGUUUCAGUGUUCGAGGAAACAGAUUACAACAGACUUGUGAAUAAAGCCAUGAUUGCCGAAAGGGAUGUGAAAGAAUUGCAAGAAAGAAGGGAACAAUACAAAAGAAAUAGAUCUGAGCCGUCACAGUCAAGAGGAGGUGAAGGAAUUGCAAGUCAGAAAAGUCAAAGGUCGCGGUAUGGAAGGGGAAGGGGUGGUGAAUCUCAAGGCCAGACAUCAAGUAUUGGAAGAGGUCAAGGGUUUUCGGAACAACAAUCUGUUCAACAAGGUAGUUUUGGAGGACGUGGUACUGGCAGGGGGUGUUUUCAGUGCGGAAAGGAAGGUCACCAGAAGAAGGAUUGUCCUAUCUUGAAAGCAGAAGAGUGCUAUCAUUGCCAUCAGCCGGGUCAUCGGAGGAGAGAUUGUCCUAUGUUGACAGGAAUGACCUCAGUGGGCAGUGUUGCUGGUUCUGGUAGAGGUUUUGCACAGGGGAACUCGUCAAGAGGAGGAUGCUCAAGCAACACCAGAAGUGGUGACAGGUACACUUUCUAUUUUGGAUAG